AUGGCGCCUUCGGUUGCAAAGCGUCGCACUCGGCGGCGAGAAGUCGACCUGCACGAUGACCCGGUCGACAUGGACGCCCUAGACUCGUCUCCCACACGGCGUUCAGUCAAGAAGCGCAAGGUCGAGCACACGUCCCAGCCGGACUUUGACAGGACGGUCGAACCAGCCUCAGCGGACGAGAACGAGGACGACAACGAGAAUGACAACGACAACGACAACGAGAUGGCGGCCAACCAGGACCUCAUCGACUCGGUCAUCGCCAACCUGGCCGUGGCGAGGGAGCCCGUCGCCGUCAUGGCCCUGCACUCCAACGCCCGCACGCAGCAGGAAAACAAAGAAAGCGUCGAGGCCUACGCUAAGAUUGCCGGCCGCGACUGGACAUACUACGUCAAGACGCUGCACGUCAACAUCGGACGGCCGCCAGACCGCGACCAGCGGCUCGAUGUGCAGUCCUCGCCCAUCACCGUCGCGGCCCAGGCCCUGCCGGACGUCCACAUCGAUCUCGGACCAGGCAAGUUCGUCUCCCGCUUGCACGCUGAGAUAUACUACGACCGCGACGACCCGCCGUGCUGGCGUGUGAGAGUAAACGGACGCAAUGGCGUGCGGGUCAACAACGCCUUCUUCAAGCGUGGAACGGCCACCCAGAUCUCCUGCGGUGACAUCCUGGAGAUCGCCAAUACCCAGAUGAUGUUCGUCACGCCCCGGGACAAGGCAGUCAUCGACCCAACCUUCAUCCAGCAGGCCCAGAACGGCGUACAUGCCACCCGUGAAGCGGACGAGACCGCAUGGGAUGGAUCCUACCAUUCGCAUCCGACCACUGCCGGUGCCGGUGCCGGUGUAAGUGCUGCUGCAGGAGAACCCCGUCGUAUGUCAUUUGCUCCCAGCAGUAGUAGAGAACAAACUGCGGCCUCUGCUUCGGCUUCGGCUUCAGCUGUUGCGGCUACUUCCACCGGUGCUGCUACUACCACCAACGGUAGCCGACGAGCAGCGGAGAUUGCAAACGCGGCCACCGUUACUCCCAAGAGGCAGACAACGCCCUCUCAACGCCCACUGUCGCGAGAUACCAUUGAACCAUCGUCCAAGGUCUCGCCAAUGUACAACCGUGGACUGAUGAUGGAAAGCACCGAGGAGAUCGACUACAGCGAGGACGCGGCCAAGGACAUCAAGCCGCCCUUCAGCUACGCAAACAUGAUUGCCCAAGCUAUCUUCUCGACCGAGGAGGAGAAACUGUCCCUCAGCAACAUCUACAAGUUCAUCAUGCAAAAGUACGCCUUCUACCGGCACUCGCAGUCCGGUUGGCAGAACUCCAUCCGGCACAACCUCUCCCUCAACAAGGCCUUCCAGAAGGUGCCCCGUCGCACCGACGAGCCCGGCAAGGGCAUGAAGUGGCAGAUUGUCCCCGAACACCGCGAGGAGUACUGGAAGAAACAGGCCAAGAAGAGCGGACAGUCUUCCGCCCCGGCCUCCCCCAUCGGCAAGGACAGAGCCAGCAGCGCCUACCAGCCCAUAAACGGCCAUGUAGCCACCAACGUCGAGAAGAACAUCGAUGCCUCAGCCGCCCUCGCAGGCAGGCCAUCGCCUCAGACACACACCACAGCCUCGCCAGGGUAUCACUCUUUCUCAGUCGCUCCCAUAGAGGCAUACACACCGGACCGAGGCUCCCGCAACGGCCUGGGCAUCAACGGUGCCGGUACACACGACUUUGAAGAACAGUCUCCGUUGCCCAACGGGCCACGCCACAACGUACCAACACGGGCAUACGGCCUGUCUGACAACGCCGUCGCCUCUCCUCCCGUUCUCUCUUCAUCAUACUACGACGACGCCGCUUCGUCAAUGAUCACUCCCGCUCCCUUACGCCAACAGCCUCGUCUCGCUCCCCCAAGCACUGCCCAGGUACCGUCACGCUACAUGCAACUCAGCUCACCAGCCCAGUUCUGGAAACUGGCAGACAUAGGCAACACUCCUGCCCGACCAAUGCCGGACAUCAGCCCGCUUAAACCUUCCAUUGGCACCGCAGAGUCCAGCCGCUGGAAGACCCUCAAUCCCAUCCCAAGCAGUAGUCCACCCCCAGCCAACCUAGGCAGCCCGACUAAGCCGCCUACUUCUUCCCUCAGGGGUCGCGGCGGUGGACUGUCGCCUUUGGGACGGGACACUGUGCGCGAGCGUGAGAGCAGCGCCAUCAAGCGCCACCAGGAUAGCUGGGAUGAAGACGAUGAUGACAACGACGGUGAUGAUACUGGCUUUGAUCUUGCUAGGGGAUUUCAACCAAUUGGUUCAUUCCAUAGACAAAUCAACAACGCCGCGCGAGCUAGCUAG